UUAGGCCACACCAGUCUUAUCUUCGUCUUCUUCGAGUAAGAAAAAUUACAGAGUUGCAGAACAUAUUCUUGAGUUGAUUUUCUGGGUUCGUGAGAGAAAGUUCAGAUCUUUCUUUAUUGUUUCAAUUUUUCAAAGGGUUCUGUAAGGGUAAUUGGUGUUUCUUUGUGAAACCUUCGUGAGUGAGCUGUGUGAGGGUGUAAAAGGGGCUUACGGGUUGGUUUGGGUGUUCUCUGUGUGAAUCACCAUUGGAGAAUCUGUUAAGCUUGUGAUUUCCUCUUUUAAUAAUAAAAGCAGAAGCUCAGAACCUGAGCACCAGGACGUAGGCAAUCUUUGGUCGAACCUCGUUAAAUCGUGUGCACAUCGAUCUUUUUCAGGUUUGUUUACAUUGUUGUCAAGGUGUACACAACCAUUAGUGAAGGUAGUGUAUCUGCUGGUCCAUUGCUGGUCUACUUGCUGGCCCAUUGGCUACAGUUCUAUUAGCACCAAUGCCAAAUAUGAAAUCCGGAUUGGAGCCCCAAAUAUAAGCAUCCAUCAUCGUCAACAAUUCCCAUGCUGUUCCAUGAGUGCUAAAAAAGGAUCCUUGGAAGGAGAUUGCCAAGGAAUUAAAGCGUUCAUAUGACAGGAAAAAAGAGAAGCAGUGGUUUUAUUCUCUCACAGUCACUAACGAAAAAAAAUGAAAGGUUCAUGCAAAGAUUGUCUUUGUCCUAUUCCUUUUCACUUUUCACUUAAUUAAGCAAAGUAGGAUGCCAUUGCCAAAUUUCUUGCUUUCAUUUUGUUUCCACUUUUUUUAUUUUUUUUAUUCAGGUUAUGGACAAUAUUAAAUAACUUGAAUGACACAAAGUAGUGUCACCUUCGAAGUUUGAGAGAGAGAGAGAGAGAGAAGGGAAAGAUGGGGAGUGUUGCAGCAAUGACGAGGCCUUAUCGAGCAGCGAUGGAGGGAAAGUUGGGUGAGGUGAAGAUCUUCUAUCAGAAAUACCCUGAAAGAUUGCAAGCUCCUCUAACGGUCAAUGGGGACACCGCCAUCCACAUUGCAGUUUUCAUUAGAGACAUGAAGUUGCUUAAAUCUCUUCUUCAAAUAUUGAAAUCACAAAGUGAGGAGUCUCCACCGUUUCCAAUCUUAGGUGAUAAAGAAGAAGAAGAAUCACUCUUUCAGGUAAAGAACCUUCAUGGUCAAACUGCUCUUCAUUUGGCAGCCGCUGACGGAAAUCUCGAAGCUUUGAACCUCUUACUUUGUAAAGAUGAAAAGCUACUCAAUAUUAGAAAUGACAGAGGAGAAACUCCUCUGUUUGUGGCCGCUUCAUAUGGCAAAACAGAAGCUGUCAAGUAUUUAUAUCGUAGAAUCAAGGAGGACAAGAAACCUCACGUCGAACGAAAAGACAAAACUUCCAUUCUUCAUGUAGCUAUUCUUGGCGAAUACUUUGAAACGGCUGUGGAAUUGCUCAACUCAGUCAACUGGGACGACGUUUCUCCUGAUGCGGUGGAUGCAAAUGGUACCACUGGUUUUCAGCUUCUAGCUAACAUGCCUUCUGCUUUCAAGAGUGCAUACCGAAUGGGCAAAUUCAAGACGCUACUCUACUAUUGCCUUCCCAAUGUGGAUUACGCUGAAAACUAUGACAAGGGAAAACUACAGGUUACCUCGGGUCGGAAUGAAGUAGAUUUAGAGAGUGGCAGCGGAAGGGAAGAUCACGAACCGUCUAAUGAACAAACCGAGAAUCGUCCGUCUGGGUUCUCAAGAGUGUAUAAUACCUUUUGGAGGUGCAUAGCUAGAGUAUUCCCAACCAUUCAAAUGGUGUGGAAUGAUAAGAAGAAGCAUAACAAAGCGCUAGAGCUGGCCAAGAUUUUAGCCAAAGCAGAUCUUUCUUGGAAACAUGGAAACACUGGUGGAGCUCCUAGUCAUAGGACCGACGAGUGGAACGAGAUUUACGACAUAUUCAGUAAAGAUCCUGGAGAUGAAGAAGAAAAACAAGAAAAAAACUUAGAGAAAAUACACACGACUUUCAAAGAUGAAAAAGUCAAUGUAGAGAAAGAAGAUGAAACUCCACCUACAACUUUCCGAAGUAGGUUUCUUUAUGAGACUCCAUUUAUUGCAGCAGGAAGAAAUGGGAUCUUAGAGAUAGUAAAGGCUGUUCUUGAUGUUUACCCACAGGCCAUCGAACAUGUAAAUAAGCAAAAUGAGAAUAUAUUUCAUGUUGUAGCCAAAUAUCGCAGUGCAAAGAUUUUGGAUUAUCUUCUAUCUUCUUCAAAUGUUCCCGUAUCAAGACAGAGGAACAAGCUCAACACUGAAAACGGUGACAGUAUUUUGCAUGGUGCAGCAUACUUAUCUGCGUCUUCCUCAAGGGAUAGGCCUGGGGAAGCCCUUCUCAUGCAGUCCGACUUACAAUGGUUUGAGAGAAUAAAAAAAAUUGUGCCAUAUUAUUUCAUCAACCAUCAAAACUACAAGAGACUUACAGCCCAAGAAUUGUUCACGGAGCAACACAAGCAGCUGCUCCAGGAUGGGCAAGAGUGGCUAAGGCGAACAGCAGAGGCCUGUACCAUAGUUGCGGUGCUUAUUGCCACGGUUGCUUUCACAUGUGCCUACACUGUCCCCGGAGGUUCCACUGACACCGGCCAUCCUCUACUCCUCAAGGCAACCCCUUUCUCUGUCUUUGCCACCUCUGAUGCAUUGUCGCUGUGUUUCUCGCUGACUUCGGUGGUGGUUUUUCUGUCCAUUAUGACUUCCAAAAUGAAUGAGCAAGACUUCAGGAUGUCUCUGCCGUUGAAGCUUCUAUUGGGUCUAACCACACUGUUUUUAUCAGUGGCAUUCAUGAUGGUUGCUUUUUCUGCUACCCUUUUGCUUAUGAUAAGAGAAAGGCUACAUUGGGCUGCCAUUCCUAUCUAUACCGUCGCCUGCUGCCCUGUUACCAUUUUUCUUCUUCUCCAAUUCCCUCUCUACCUCAAUAUUUCUUGGUUCACCGUAACUGGUUUGUUCACUGCCAAAUAAUUCUAGUACAUACGCCCUAAUAUUUCUCUACUUACAGCCUUAAACUUGCCCUUUUUCUGACUCCAAAUGAUACUUUGUCAGUAUCUCUCUGUGGGUGCGGGUGUUUUUUGUUUUUGUGUUUUAAGUGUGCUGUGGUUUGCUAUGUUGUUUGAGCUUGUAAGCAUUAUAACUUGAUUGCGUAUUGGAUUCAGCAGUCAUGAUUUUUAGAAUAUCAACAAAAAAAAGCAAAGGUUAUGAUUUUUAUAAA